AUGCAAUGGUUUCUGAAGACAAGUUUGAUGGCGGCUGCAACACUCGCAUGCCUGGUUCCGUAUAAUUUUCACAGAAAGAAAGUUGCGGUUAAUGAUGCUGGCGCAAGGAAGCUCCCGAGGCCAGAAUGGUUUUCAGCUUUGGUGCAAAAUCAUGGGCUGGAGCAUUUGCUUUCCCAGAAGUUGCAACCAGUGCCAGCGCCCACUGAGCUGAAUGAGCGUACUUGCAUUUAUUUGGUCAAGUUGGUUGCAGAUGUUGAGUACAAGGGCCCUUUAACGCCGUGGGAUCGAGAGUGCAGAUUCUUGUGGGAAUACUUCGGGUAUCCAGCUGAUGCUUUUACGUUGAAGGUGUCCCGGUGUUUCAAGUUCACUGCUCCUGUGAAGCUUGGCUUUGCCAAGCAGAGGUUUGCUGGACUUGUGCAGGUGGCCAAUGUUCCCUCGCAGGACAUUGAACGUACUGGUGCUCAGUGCAUUUCCGGCAAUGCCCAGCAAAUUUUGCAAGGUGCAGAGCUGCAGCGCGCUUUAGGAAUUAGUGCUGAGCAGUGGGCAGCCUUUGUUGCAAAGCCAGUAUCUUUUGGUGUCCCGCAUGUUAUUGCAAAAUUGAUUGGGCGUGCGGCCUGGUCAAAGCUUCUUGUUCUUGCCAGCUGGUCCACCCGUAGAUUGUUUGCUGUGAACCUUUUAUGCGAGAAUCUUCAGUUCCCCUCACAGGUUUGGUUGCGACAGUUGAGACUGCAAAAUAAACUUGGAACCUCAGCGCCCCCGCCUGAUCUGAAAUUUGGGCCAGAGCAUGCGCAGCAGCUUGCGUUCAAGAUUCGGCGUGCAGCGCCGCUUCUUGUGAAUGCUUUUGAAGGCGAAGAAGAGCUUGUUUUGGAAACUUUCGAGUGGGAGCAGCUGGUAUCUCGUUUGGAUUCUUUCUGCAGAGCAACAGGAAGUUCUCAUCGCAAGGUAGCAGAGCUUCCAGAUGGUGGUCAUAUGCGGAGAGGGAAUAGAUUUGAUAUCACAACCGUUGUGGGCACGUUGGCAGCAGCAAUGCAUUUGCGCAACCGGCAUGAAUUGAAAGACAUAGUCAAGCAGAUUAUGGCAACUGUUUUCGAAGAGUUUGACUUUGAUGACAGUGUGUGGGAGAAGAUUCCUUCAGCGUCUACCUUGUCCAGAUCACAACUGUUGGUAGAUGCCGCGCAUUGCUGUUUCAUGCGACAACGCUUUCGUGAGCAAACCUUUCGAAUGUAUUUGCUGGCAGAUAGUUCUCCUCAGGCUGGUCAGGAUUAUCUUCUAUCAACAGCCUUGAUGAUUGCCUGCAAUGACUUGGAGAAAUGCGUGGCAGCUAGCUCGUACAUGCGAUCAUCUUGGCAGGAACUGGUUGAAGCGUACAAGCGAGAUGAUCAUGAAACGUUUGCAGACAUAGUUUUGCUUCGGAACCAGCAUGGCAUGACUCUGGCGUCAUGCAUCAAUGUGCACCGUUUUUUGCCAAUGGCGUUGGGGUCAGGUGCCUCUGGCUUGGAGCACAAGACGACGGCCCUUGCUCGUGCCAUUUUCGCGGAAACGCAAUCUGUGUCCGAUUUGCAAAGCGUGCUGUCGCAAGUAGUGAGUAUGACUUCUGAUAUGGGCACAGAAAUGUUUAUUGCUGACAUGGCCGGCUUUACCCUCAGGGAAAUCCUUCCUACUUGGGCCGUGGAUGCUGACUUGGAGCUGGAUGUUGAUGCAGGUGGAGCAGAGCAGUUGCAAGCUGAUGUUGAAGGUUUUUUCUUGCCGCGAGGCGUAGCAGUGCCGGGUUUGAAUCAUAUCAUUGACAACAUGCGGCUUGGGACCCAGAACGCUACCAUGGUGCUUCUCAAAUGCCAGAGGCAGAAGAAGAUCCAGCGCAGCGAGCUGCGCGGCAAGACAGUGCGGACUGCUAUGCGUGCGCGUGACGCAGCGCAGCAUGGCUCUGAGCUGGAGGAGGAUGUGUUGGCUGUGUUGGCAGCUUCUAGCAGGGAGCUCGGCCUUGAUGGCAAUGGUGAUGGGAGGAAGUUCUUACCGUGCCCUCUAGCAGGGUUGAGAGCAGUUGAGCUGGCCAGUGGUGCAAUGGAAGAGCAUCUGUUGCACCUGUUUAACUUAAGCAAAGAAACGCUUUUGGCAGAAUUGGCGCCCAUGCCAGAGGAUGAGACGGUGAGCCUUCUGCAGGAGUUUGAGCGCGGGAAAAGUCAUAUGGUGGCUACCUUCACAAACAAGCUGCAGCACUGGAACAUGCUCCCCUGGAAGCUGGCAGCUCUUGCUGAUUCAGACGAAGCAAAGGCACGACAAACUGCUUCUAAUCUGGUACGUAGCUUUGAUGAGUCAGAGCAAAGAGAAGAACUGCAUCACCGGCUCACAUGGUUUUGGAUGAAAACUUCGCCGCGCGUCAGGGAACAGUUAGACGCUUUCGUGUCCGGCCGUCCUUUGGCAUCCCUGCCAGAGUUGCAUCGUGCGGUGCGCGAGCUCUCCUUCAUACCAAUAGCCGGAGCCUCAAAUGGUCUGCGCAAUCAGUUUUGCAAGUAUGUCAGUCUUGAGUAG